CGACACGAGUCCGGUCAUUUCUGGCCGGCAUCCCCAAGUCCAACAUGGUGGGACGGUAUGGGGCCUCCUAGAGCGACACUCUGAGGCAGCGAGACGCUGGAACAGAGCAUAGUGAAUGAGUUUGCGUUUCCCGCCCAUAAAUCUGCAGGCCAAUUGUAAAUUCGUUUAUACUAGUACCCUCAGUCCCCUGAUCCGGGUAGACGAUACGAGGACAUUGAUUUCACGACAGUGAAGGACGCAAUUCUAUGAGAUUAGAACUUUUUUCUACAUGCAAGAAGAGGAGUUGCAGAAUCCACUUGACCAUCAACUCGACAUAAGAGAGAGAGAGAUGACUGUUCUUCUGUGCCGACCUUCACAGCUCUAGCUCUCCAAUAGCAGAAACAACAUCAACAAUCUCUUUCGGACAAGAAAUGCACAUUGGGGAAGAAAGAUGCAAGAAGAGCUUGUCUACUGGACUCCCUAGAAGUGAUAUAUCGCUCGUUUUGGAAAUGCUUAUCGAUGCACGCAAGGAUUAUGCUGCGGUUGGCGCGACUGCGAAACAUAACAUCAUGGGUCCAGCAAAAACUACCAUUCUCACCGCUCUCCUCACAAUUCGCACCUCCCAUUGUGUUCAAAGAUCUCAAGUCCUUGCAGAAAACUCACGCUCUCCUCAUUCAAACUGCGCUCGUGGAAGAUAGUUUCUAUAUCAACAGACUCAUCAAUGCAUACGCUGAAAAUGCCAGGCUUGAGGAUGCAAUCUUAGUGUUCGAGCAUGCGAAGAAGACAAAUAUUUUCAUCUGGAAUUCAGUUAUAAGAUGGGCUUACUUGUGUGGUUUUAAUAGAGUUGCACUUGAUUACUUUUAUCGCUUGUUGGAUCAUCACGAAGCCAUCAAAUUCGAUGUGUGUUCGGUCAAAUUUGCUCUUAGAGCUUGCUUUGAUUUGGGUUCUGUGGAGGAUGGGGUCUUCAUACACAGGCAAGUUUACAAAAUUGACGGCGAGAUGUUGCGUAACUUCUAUGUUUGUGCUGAAUUCAUCCACAUGUACGGUGGUUUAGGCUGCAUAGACUCUGCUCGCCAAGUAUUUGACGAAAUGUCUGAAAGAAACGAGGUGGUUUGGUCUUUGAUGAUCUCCAAAUACAUCCAUAAUGGAUAUGAUGGGGAGGCUAUGAGUUUGUUUUCUCGGAUGCGAUAUGAGGGAUUCUCUUUUAAUUCAUUCAUCAUGGUCAGCCUGAUUGGAUUUUCAGCUUCCCUUAUCGAUUUGAGUCUUGGUUCUUGCAUCCAUGGUUGCGCUAUCAAAAGUGGUUUGGCAGGUGAUUCUUUCGUAAGGACCUCUUUGGUGGACAUGUAUGUGAAAUGUGGAUGUAUUAAUGAUGCUUAUCGAGUUCUUGGGGAAGUUCUUGAACCGAAUAUAGCUACAUGGAAUUCGAUCAUCUCUGGGUCAGUGAAUCGUUACUUGUUUGGUGAUGCUGUGAGAUUGUUUAAGAAAGUCCAAUUGUCGGAUUUGAGGCCUAAUUUAGUGACAAUGUUGAGUCUGAUCUCUGCCUGUGCUGGGCUGGGGUCAGGAAAGCUGUGCAGAUGCAUUCAUAGCUUUACUGUUAAACUUGGAAUUGAUACACACCUUAAAGUAGGUAAUGCACUCUUGGAAAUGUAUUCGAGCAUUGGAGCCAUUGAUGAUGUGUCUAAGCUAUUCAACAUAAUGCAGGUGAAAGAUGUGAUCAGUUGGACCACAAUGAUCAACAUGUAUGGUUCUGCUGGUUGUCCUGUUAAUGCUAUGCAGUUCUUCUGGCAAAUGAGAAGUGCAAAUGUUGAACCCGACAUGGUUUCAAUGGUGGCCCUGCUUAGUGCAUGUGCAGUGUUAGGUGAUAUACAGAAACUUAAGAUCUUCCAUAAUCAAAUUAUCCUUUGGGGUCUGGAGUUUGAACUUCAUAUUGGAAAUUCUUUAAUAUCAGUAUAUUUUAAGUGUGGUGACAUGCAAUCUGCAGAGAUGUUAUUUUCUUUGAUGUCCCAAAAGAGUCAAGUUACUUGGGGUGCCAUGAUUGCAGGGUAUAUAAUGAAUGGCCAAGCAGAAAAUUCUAUGAGAUUGAUGAUAAAGAUGGUAACUGAGGAUCAGACCAACAAAAUGGAUGCAGCUCUGUUGGUUAAUGGACUGUCAGCAAUUGCCGACCUUGCCAACUUGGCAUUGUGUAAGCAGGUUCAUGCUUACAUGAUCACUACUGGACUCGAGGAAUGUUCCACUGUUCAAAAUGCUUUGAUUUCAGCAUAUUCCAAGUGUGGAGUAGUUGUGGAUGCCAGAAAGGUCUUUGACAAGAUGAAUCAGAAGGAUACCGUAUCAUGGAAUGCAAUUAUAUCAGGACAUGGGAUUAAUGGUGAUGGGGAAAGUGCUGUGUCUCUCUACCAGGAGAUGGGCAGAAGAAAUGAAGUACAAAGAGACUCUAUAACAUACACCAGUAUUCUGAAUGUUUGCAGUCAUGCCGGCUUAGUGGAUGAAGGAUUGAAUAUUUUCUCCAAUAUGGUGACGGAUGCUGUGAUCAAACCAGAGGCUGAGCAUUAUGCAUGUGUAGUAGACAUGCUUGCACGUGCUGGGCGUUUGUCUGAAGCAGAGAAGUUUGUGACGCACAUAGUUGAGGAGCCAAGUUCUAGCCUGUAUGGAGCAUUCCUGAGUGGUUGCAGGCUUUAUGGCCAUGUAAAUUUUGUUGAACAUGUUGUUCAUAUGGUCCCUGAUGGUGAUCCAGCAGACCCUGGACAUUCAGUUCUCCUUUCGAACAUCUAUACAGCUGCUAGCAUGUUCGAUGAAGCAGCAAAACAUAGAUUUUCAAUGAAGAUCAAAGGUUUAAUGAAAAAGCCAGGAAUGAGCGUGGUUCAAACUUGUUACUCUUAAAUGAACAAGCUUAUACAUUUCCAAUUAAGCUGCGCAUCAAUCAUUGGUUUUUUGGCUUAGGGAACUCAUAUGUACAAGUUUCAACGGACUCAAUACAAACAAAACCAAAAUGAACAACAAUUAGCCAUAUUGCUGCUUUCUUCUUCUUCUCUUCACCUUCUCCAAGAGCCUCACACACCACAAAAGUGCAGCUGCCCUUUUUCUUUUUUCUUCUUCUUUUUAUUUGUUCAAACAAAUUAAAAUGCACUUUUAUUGAAAACUUUUGAAAGUAUGAAGGCUCCCUUUUGAAAGUUUGAUAAGAAAAAACUCCAGGAUGCAUUUCACUCCGAUUAUGCUUGGUGUGAUUAUUGAUUAUACUUGCUUGAACGAAAAACUUAAGGAGGCGUUUGGCAGUAGUAAAAUAUUGUUACAGUCCCACACAAAGAAAUAGAGCAGAUUCAUGAAGCACUUGUCGUAAUGUUUCAUGAAUCUACUCUAUUUUUUUCAGUAGAUUCAUGAGAUAAUAACGAUGAGCUGUUAUUAACAAAUAGCCUCUAGGUUCAUGGGAGGCGUUCAUGGCAGAACUGAAUUUCACCACGGUAGGCAGAAACCACCCACUGUGGGUUGUUAGCUUACCACAUAAUUCUGAUUUUCAUGUCCAAGUA